UUGAAGAAUUGACUGAGACAGAAGAUCUCCGGGAAAGUAUGGACAUUGGCACCAGGCAGCUCAAUCACAUGUUUUAACAGCCCGACCAACACAGUGGAGACAAUGAAAGUACAUCUCAAAGGGGAUGCGAUCUGUACCCUUCUCCUGGUGGUCGCACUUGGCUCCUUACUUUAUUCCCAGCUACAGCACCUGGCCCCGGCAGGAAACAAGGAGCUGACACCCAAGAAACCUUCAGGAACACAGCGAGUUUUCUCUGAUCUCAAAGCACCUGGGAGACUUGUGCCAGUGGAGACAACAGUUCCCGUACCCCAAAUAAUUCCUAUGGUUAGACGAGCAGAACUGGCUAGUAGCAGGGUCCAAACUACAACUUCACCACCAUUGACUCAUUCUUCCUUCAACUUCAAGCGUUAUCUCCUGAACAAAGACAACAGGAACUUCAACAUUCUUAUUAACCAGCCCAAGAAAUGCAGGAAAAUACCCGGAGGUCCCUUUCUGCUCAUUGCUAUCAAAUCGGUGGUUGAAGACUUUGACAGACGCGAGAUUGUCCGUAAGACUUGGGCUAGGGAAGGUUUGGUGAACGGGGAGCAGAUCCAACGAGUUUUCCUCCUGGGAACACCAAAGAACAGGACAGUGUUAGCAACAUGGGAGACCCUUAUCCAUCAGGAGAGUCAGGCAUACAAGGACAUUUUACUCUGGGACUUCAUGGAUACUUUCUUCAAUUUGACCCUGAAGGAGAUCCAUUUCCUAAACUGGGCUGCUGAAUUCUGCUCCAAUGUGAAAUUUAUUUUCAAGGGUGAUGCUGAUGUUUUUGUCAACGUAGAGAACAUUGUUGACUUCCUUGAGAGACAUGAUCCCACUGAGGACCUCUUUGUUGGGGACAUCAUCUACAAUGCCCGCCCCAUCCGUGUCCGAAAGAGUAAAUACUAUAUCCCAGAAACCAUGUAUGGGCUAAGCAUCUAUCCAGCCUAUGCAGGAGGAGGAGGUUUUCUGCUCUCCAGCCACACCAUGAGGAAGCUCUCUACUGCCUGCAAAGAGGUAGAACUAUUUCCCAUUGAUGACGUCUUUUUGGGCAUGUGCUUACAGAGAAUCAAUCUCAAACCCAUUUUGCACGAAGGAUUCAAGACCUUCGGCAUACUCAAGCCUUCUGCUGCUCCACAUCUACAGACGUUUGACCCCUGUUUUUACAAAGAUCUCAUGGUAGUUCACAGCCUAAAAGUUGCUGAGAUCUGGCUAAUGUGGAACCUGCUCCACAGCCCACGGCUUUCCUGUACCCAGAAGAAGCAGGUGAGGAAGCCUUUCCAGUGGAAAAAGAAAGCUCAAACAGCAACACGGGCAUCAGCCUUGUGAUCAUGCAGACAGACCAC